AGGAAUUGUAGCCGUCGUCUAACGUUCAUCUGCACUUCAACCAGGAUUAUGUGUUGUUCGGGAUAUCGAUUGCCUCUGGCCAGGGUGCACGAGACAAACGCGCUCAUGUAUAUUAAGGAGACCAUGUCCCUCUAGAAUACAGUUAGUUUUAUCAACCACAUCUUUCUUUCCAGAAGGACAUUGUUCCUCUUUUCUUCAUUCCGUCUCGUAAGUUAUCUGCUCCUCAGUUGGGCAAGAUGGCAGACGUCUCCGAGAAGCAGGUUGGCGGUGCUAUCGAGAAUGUCGACACUCUCGAGAAGCCUACAAUUAUCGACACGAAGGUCGUCCUUGGAGAUGAGGCUUUUAACCAGGCGAUGAUCAAGGAGCCACCCAUCCCGUGGAAUGCCAUUGCAUUUGUACUCUAUGGGUGCUCAGCAAUUGGAUUCUUCUGCUCUACAUCUAACGGCUUCGACUCCUCUAUGUUCGGUAACCUCCUCAAUAACGACCAGUUCCUGGCGUUUUUCGAGGUCGGAAGUGUUGGAAUCAAAGCCGGUAUCGUCAGUUCAAUGUCACAAAUUGGUUCAGUUGUAGCUAUCCCGUUCGUGGGGCCCGCGCUCGACACCUGGGGGAGAAGGUUUGGCAUGUUCAUUGGAGCCGCUGUCAUCAUCAUUGGAGUUAUUAUUCAGGGGACUUGCGUUCACACCCACAGCGUUAACCAGUUCAUGGGUGGCCGCUUCUUCAUGGGAUUGGGUGUCCAGCUUGUGUCCUCUGCAGGUCCUUGCUAUGUCGUCGAAAUCUCUCAUCCAGCGUACCGUGGUACUGUGACCGCACUCUACAAUGUUUUCUGGCCUGUGGGUGCCAUCGUUGCCAGUGGAGCAGCCAGCGGCGUUCUCAACCAUGCUGGAAGCAUCUCAUGGACCCUUCCAAUUUGGCUCCAAAUGAUGUUCCCUGGCCUCGUUUUCAUCUUCGUCUGGCUCCUUCCCGAAUCUCCUCGCUGGCUCUAUACAAAUGGAAAGAUGGAGCAAGCCAAGGACUUCUUAACAAAAUACCACGGCAAUGGAAACCCAGAGAGUGAAUGGGUCAAGCUCCAGAUGUGGGAAUACGAAGCCCAUCUGGAGUUAGACGGUGCAGACAAACGCUGGUGGGAUUAUCGUGCGCUUUUCCGCGAUGGACCGUCCAGGUACCGCCUUAUGGCCAACUGUCUCACUUCUCUCUUCGGUCAAUGGGCUGGCAAUGGUGUUGUUUCGUACUUCCUUGCAGGUGUCCUGGAGACUGCAGGCAUCAAAGAUGCUACCACUAGGGGUCAUCUCUUCGUUGCCAUGAACGCUGUCCAGAUUAUCUUCGCUGCAACUGGAAGCAUGUUCGUUGACACCAUCGGACGUCGCCCCAUGCUCAUUUGGGUCAACGUCGGCUGUGCCGUUUGCUGGAUCGGUGUAACUGCUGCUUCUGGUGUUCAGGCCUCCACCGGCUCAAAAGUAUCUAGUGGUGUUACCGUUGCCAUGAUCUAUCUCUUCCAGAGUAUAUACUCUUUCGGUUGGACUCCUUUGCAAGCACUUUACCCAGUUGAGGUUCUGUCAUUCGAAAUGCGUGCCAAGGGAAUGGCAUUCUCAGGAAUGUUCGUGACUGCUGGUACUCUCGUCAACCAAUUCGGCUUCCCAGUCGCUCUGGAUAACAUCAAGUGGAAGACCUAUGCUGUCUUCUUGGUCUGGUGUUUCAUCCAGGCUGGUAUCAUCUAUCUACUCAUGCCCGAGACCAAGAACCGCACUCUUGAGGAACUUGACGAUAUUUUCAGAGCCAAGAACCCGGUGAAGGCUUCUGUUGCAAAGAGAAAGCUUGAGCUUGACCAAAAUGCCAAUGUUGUUGGCAUUGUUGAUUUGGAAAAUGAGAGAGACCGAGUUUAGAGGAUGAUUUGCCGGGCUGAUGGCUAGGGGAAGUUGCUAGACGAAGACGAAGAUGUGAAGCUCCGAUGGAUAGGGAGCUGGUCGAAGUUUAAAGUUUCACGAGACGGCCUCCUACAUUCAUUCUAAUUUGCGAACUACAUCUGUCUACUUUGAUAUGGUUCCCUGUGGCGUGCAGACCCAAUGAAGGAAGCCAAUUCAAGACCUACCUUUUCUCAAGAUGUAAAUUGAGAAUGAAUGCUUCUCUAUCGCGCUUGCCUUAU